AUGAAGCUGGGGACAGUGCUGGCUAGCUGUGCCGCAUGGUGGGCGGCCAACUUCGUCGUCAAGGAAGCCUGCCACACGUCAUCCCUCAAGGGUGAGGAAUGGAUCGCAGAGCUCCUCCACGGCAACCCAAGACGUUUUCGCAACCAACUUCGCAUGCUUCCAGGCACGUUCCUAGCGCUGCUCGACAUGCUCCAGACGAAGUACACCCUCAAGUCAAGCCGUUUCGUCUCCGCGAGGGAGAAGUUGGCCACGUUCCUGUACGUCGUCGGACAGGCUGGCUCGAAUCGUGGGGCUCAGGAGCGAUUUCAGCGCAGUGGGUGGACAAUCACCCAAUCAAUCAACGAGGUCCUCAAUGCGUUCAUGCUGUUGUACCCUAUCGUGGUCACUCUGCCCAGCAACGACAUCCCGUACGAAGUACACUCUAACCCGAAGAUGUAUCCAUUUUUCGAGCACUGCAUCGGCGCCCUCGACGGGACUCACGUUCGCGCAACACCUCCAUCCAACGCACGAAUGCCGUUUCGCAACCGCAAGGGGUUUAUGAGCCAAAAUGUGCUGGCGGCAUGCACAUUUAACCUUCGUUUCGUCUACGUUCUAGCCGGCUGGGAAGGCUCAGCGUCUGACGCCCGUGUUUUGAAUGAUGCAUUGUUGACGAAGGGAUUCUUUAUCCCAGAGGGCAAAAUGUACCUUGGCGACGCUGGGUACGGUUUGCGCACGAAUCUCUUGACGCCUUAUCGUGGCGUCCGAUACCAUCUCCGUGAGUGGGCGCAAGGAAACCAAAGCCCCCAGAACUCCAAGGAGCUCUACAAUCUACGUCACGCCCAACAGAGAAACUGCGUUGAGCGCAUCUUUGGCGUGCUCAAGAAACGAUUCAAAAUCCUCGAGCACUCCUCGGAAUACCCAUUCAAGACUCAAGUCAACUUGGUGUACGCCCUCUGCGCGCUGCACAACAUCAUCAUGGAGCUCGAGAGUGAUCCCCACUUCCUCCAAAAGGCGGACAAGGCCAAGAAGAAACGCGACAAGAAACACCAACAGCGCAUGGCACGCAGAGGUCGUCCAAACAACAGACGACGCCCCGACCAUAAUGCUGAAGACCAUACUGCCGAAGCUGGUGCCUUGCGCGACUCGAUUGCAGUAGCGAUGUGGCAGCAGUACACUGCAACCAUUCAAUCACGCCAGUAA